AUGGAGCCCUGGAAGGUGCUGAACAUUGCGUUUCUGAUGAGUUCCUUGAGCUGUGUAUUGGUGGAGACUGCUGCUUCCUCGACACCACUUUCAUCUGCUAUUGGGAUGCAAGACAAAGCAGGGUCAAAACCACGCUCAAGAGAACACCACAGGUUCUGGCUUAGCAACUUCAGAGAUUACUUGUGGGAUCGCAUCAGGAGCUCUGUGCCUCCAGCUGCUAUUUUUGCUUUUCUUCCUGCCAUAGCUGUCAUGGGGGUCCUCUGCUGCCUCACUAUUCUCGUAGGUGACCCAGGCCAGUGA